AGCACACGGUUUGUGAAGAGGAUUCCCAAUUUCAACGUGUGCGUUUGUUGUCUGAGAAGGAAUGAGUCCAACCCAACCCCGUCUCUUUCUUCCAUCUUUUCCUUCUUUCUUCUCUCUCCAAUAUUCCACUUCCUGGUUGAAAUUUGCUAUUUGUUCUGAUUGAGAUAGUAUGACCGAGAACUAUGGCCAUACUAGUGCAAGUGGCAAUGCAAGCUCUCACUCAAGCUCUAGUUUGAAUAGCAGCUUGCAAGACACAGAGGACGACCAAACCAUUGCUAGAAUCUUAGCAGAAGAAGAAAGUUUGAAAAAUGGAAACAAGCUUGGGAAGAGACUUUCUCAUUUGAAUUCUAUUCCGCACACUCCACGAGUUAAUGGGGAAAUACCUGAUGUGAAUGAUGCAACAUUAGAUCAUGAGCGGCUAGCUGAAAGGUUGGCCACAUAUGAUUUAGCUGAAUUGCAAAUUGAGGGAGAUGGCAAUUGUCAGUUUCGGGCCCUGGCAGAUCAGUUGUUUCGCAAUCCAGAUUACCACAAACAUGUAAGGAAAAAGGUUGUCAAGCAGUUGAAGCAUUUCAGAAAAUUAUAUGAAAGUUAUGUUCCAAUGAAGUACAGAAGCUACCUGAAGCAGAUGAAAAAAUCAGGAGAAUGGGGAGAUCAUCUUACUCUACAAGCUGCUGCUGACCGAUUUGGAGCCAAAAUCUGUUUAAUCACAUCUUUUCGAGAUACUUGCUUCAUUGAGAUCAAUCCCCGAGACGGAAAUCCUACCAGAGCUCCCAAAUCAAUAAUUUACCAUGCAGUUAAUAAUGGAGGAAUUGAAGCACUAACAUUGAUACAACAUGCUGCAUCACUAGUUUAUUCUGAGCAUAAGUAGCCACGAUGUCCUUACCACCUUUAUUACCAUUUGUCUACCACUUUGGGAUAUAGAUAUAGACUAACUGUAAUCAAGAAGUGCCCCGUAAGAUGAUGACACAAAUUUUCGAUGACUUUAAGCAACCAGGAUGUAAGAAUAAGUUCAUUGCAGCAAAAAGGGAGGGUCCCUUCUUAGGAUUUGAGUCCUAGUUAGCUCAUGUUCAGGGAUCAAACAAUGCUCAAUAUUAUGCUUUUGUUCAAGCUUCUUGCCUUAAUUUUUUGGAUACAUUGGACAAAUUGGAGAAUUGAGGUAUUCUUGAAGAUGAUUGAACCAUUCCUGCAAUAGCUUAGAAAUUCUAGAUCCAUGCAUAUGGUAGCCACGCUCUUGCUUUGAUACUAUUUUUGCCAUUCAAUUUCCCAAAUCAAUUAUUCGUAUACAA